CUGAUGGAUCCUUCAGAGAGAGAGAGAGAGAGAGAUGAGAGAGAUGAGAUUAUUUCUUGGAUUUGCAAAAAACCUGAAGGAGCAAAUUAUGACCACGAACGUCUGGGUGCAUCACGAAUGGCGAGAUCACAAGUUUCAGUGGGAUCCGGAUGAAUACGGAGGCGUGGAGGAGCUGUACGUGCCCUCUGAGAUCAUCUGGCUCCCUGACAUCGUUCUCUACAACAAUGCCGACGGGGAGUACAUCAUCACUACCAUGACCAAGGCAGUGCUCCAUUUCGACGGCACGGUGAAGUGGUCGCCGCCUGCCAUCUUCAAGUCCUCGUGUGUGAUCGACGUUCGUUACUUCCCCUUUGACCAGCAGGAGUGCUUCAUGAAGUUCGGUUCCUGGACGUAUGAUGGAUACCAGAUUGACCUGAAACACCUGGACCAGCACGAGGGGACGGACCUGGUCAAGCUGGGCAUCGAUCUGGCGGAGUACUACCCGUCAGUCGAGUGGGACAUCAUGGGCGUCCCGGCGCAGAGGAACGAGAAAUUCUACCCGUGCUGUGUGGAACCCUACCCUGAUAUCUACUUCAACAUCACGCUGCGGAGAAAGACACUCUUCUACACCGUGAACCUCAUCAUCCCUUGUGUCAGUUUGGAAUACCUCUCUGUUCUCGUUUUCUAUCUCCCAGCUUACUCCGGGGAGAAAGUGGCCCUGUGCAUCUCAAUCCUUCUCUCCCAGACGAUGUUCUUCCUCCUGAUUUCUGAGAUCAUGCCCUCAACUUCCCUUGCCAUGCCGCUGCUGGGGAAGUACCUGCUGUUCACUAUGCUCCUCGUCGGCCUCAGUGUUAUCGUCACUAUUAUCGUCCUCAAUAUUCACUACAGGAAGCCGUCUACUCAUCGACUCGCGCCCUGGGUUAGGAAGAUAUUCAUGGACAUGCUGCCGCCGAUGCUGCUGAUGCGGGUGCCCAAGAAGGAGGAGUCGAAGGGUAGUGUGCACGAGUUGCCCUGCUCGCGCCCCAGGGAGAACGGCAGCAGCACCAACCUCAGGGAACGCUUCAGGGACAGGCCACACCACUUCCCAGGGUCCUCCCACAAUGGGUUCCGUCCCCCUGGCGGCGGCGGCGGCGCUGUCCUCCCCGUGGGCAUCCGCAUGGGGUCCCUAUCUGGGCUGGGGCCGCCGUGUGCAGCGGGUGGCGACGAGGACGGGCUGGGUCCCUCAUCUCCGGGCAUAGCGGGCAGCAGCGGUAUGUUCGAGGUGCCCUACGGUGACCUGCCCGAGUGCUUCCACAUCUCGCCCGAGGCCCAGGCACACUACCCGGUGGAGAUCCAGCGCGCCAUCCAGAAUGUUAAGUUCAUCCACCACCACCAAAUGCAGCAGGACAAGUUCGACGAGGAGGACGACGACUGGGCGUUCGUGGCGAUGGUCCUGGAUCGCCUGCUGCUGUGGAUAUUCGGCUUCACUUCGGUUCUGGGGACGAUUAUCAUUUUAUUUGAGUCUCCCUUCCUGUAUGACUCCACCUCCCCGAUUGACAUGUUGUACAGCAAGGUCGGGCAGCAAAUGUUCCAACAAGACGUGACUGAUCUGUAGAGGAGAGAUGUUAGGUGGUGGUGGUGGUGUGUGUGUGUGUGUGUGUGUGUGUGUGUGUGUGUGUGUGUGUGUGUGUGUGUGUGUGUGUGUGUGGAUUAGGUCAGAUCGCUGUGUGCUUCUUCAUGUAUCCUGUCCUCCUCCUCCUCCUCCUCCUCCUCCUCCCAGUCGUGUUUAAGGUUUAUACUCGUAUCGCUCAAUUAUCUGAUAGUUGUGUGUGUGUGUGUGUGUGUGUGUGUGUGUGUGUGUGUGUGUGUGUGUGUGUGUGUGUGUGUGUGUGUGUGUUUAGGCUGCAGUCAUAUUUGUACAGGCUUUUGUACGUGAACCAUGAGAAAUGUUACUUUGUUUGUUAGCCAUCCUCCCUCCUGUGUGCGUGUGUGUGUGUGUGUGUGUGUGUGUGUGUGUGUGUGUGUGGCAUAAGCGGUAGGUGAAGAUUCGGAUAAAUACACGAACUUUUAGAAAUAAAAAAGGCAAAAUAUAGUGAAAUUAUCGAAUUGCCUAUUAAAAGAGGAAGAUUGUGAAGGAUUUUGAGAAGCUGGUGAGGAUGAAGAUAUAAAGAAACAUUCAUCAGUAAUUUUAUCAUCCACUUCCCUGACUGGAGAUAAUGUGGUAAUGUUUUCAUGUGGAGAACCUUCACGUUACAUCCACCCAUCCACUUUUCACAGCUUCCCUUAUCCGGCACAGUCUUCCACCAGUGCCAAAGUGUGUGCCAAGUGAAGUGGUGCCAAGAACAUUUAGAACACUACCUGAACCUGUCCUUACCUGUUAAUUAACGUUGCGAGGCAGGUGUGUUUGGUCUCCACAAACUGGGCGGUUACUGGCCCUUCAGAGUUGACCAGGUGUGAUUAACGCAACACCUGUCGGAGGAACUUACCUGUGUUACCUGUUAUCGAGGUGUGAAAGGGUAUUUAGUGCACCUCUCAUGAUUCCACGUGUGCUGGUUUACCUGUGGAGGAAGUGACUAAUUACUUGCGUUAUCUGUGUUGUUGUGGACGCAGGUGGAAGGUGUGAUUUACCUGUUCCACCAAAGUGUUGCGUUGUGGAAGACGAAAUGUGGAGUUGUGUUGUCACGUCUUCUGUGUUACUGAUGAAGUAUAAAAAGAAAAAAAAUUAGUGUUUCUUACAUAUAUAUAUAAAAAAAACUUUACAUUUAUACCCCGAAUUACGAAAUAGAGUACAAGGCGCAACACAAGACUGACAAAACCCUGCAGGAAGAACCAGAACAAGAACAACAAUAAUAAGCAUAACACACAACCACACAAACUGAUGAUAAACAAUAAACAAAUAACAUCCACAUGAGCAGCUGCCGAGAUAUUUAUAAGAACAUGGCAUUCAGUUUUAAUUUAAGCUCUUUACUUACCCCCCCCCCACCUCCUGUCACUUCAGUGGUGCUUCUCUGACCUGUAGCUGCUGCCCUCCGCUUCCCCUGACUCGCCCCCCGCUGCCAAUCGCCCCUAGCAGUAGUGACAUCAUUGAAACAGGACGAAGUAGAUUGAAGUGUCCAUAUAUUAAGAUUUGUCUGGGUCUUUGGCUGUUUGGUGUCUUGUAUGGAGACUUAGUUUAAUUAGGUGUUUGGUUUAUUCUUCCUUUUUUUCCUUUUUGUUCUUUUUUUCACUGAUUUUGCCUUCGUUUCUUUUUCUUUUACUUUCAUUAAUUCUUUUCUUUUUCUUUUCUUGUUUUUUUUUUUCAUUGAUUCUGUCUUCAUUUCUCUUCCUUUUCGUUUCCUACUUGCUGUUCUUUUCUUCAGUUCUUUUUUCUCUCCAUUUUUCUUUCCUCUCUUUGUUUUUUUUAUGAUUUUUUUCUCUCUCCCUUUUCCAUUCUUGCUUUCUUUCCUUUUCUUUUCCUAUCUUUCGUAUCUUUCUUCCUUCUUUCAUUCGUUCUUUUUUCUCUUCUUUCUAUUUUUUGUAGUCAAUAAGGGGUUUUUCUGCACACCUCUUUUCCUUUCCUUCCAAUCUUCCUUCAUUCAAAUUUUCCUUCAUUCUUUAUGCCUUCUUUCUUCCUUUAUAUCCUGAAAAUGACUUCACCUUAUUCCUUUCCCUACUUUUCUUCCUUCUUUCCAUUCUUUCUUCCUUUCUUCUUUCUAAUUGAAGAAGCAUUUAGUUGUACAUCUUACUGUUUUGUUUUUCUUUCCUUCCUUGCUUCCUUCCUUCCUUCCCUCAGCCUGUGAAGGAACUAAACCCUACCCAGGUAAACUAAACAUCACCUGUGUACUGUUAUAACUAGUACUGUAACAACCCUUUGAUCACGUGGGACACUGCCGAUAGUGAUUGGAGAGCUUGUGCAGUGAAUCAGAGCUUAGUGUGCCAGAAAAACCACAUUAAUUGGUCACCUGUGUCACCUUUCCAUUGAGAAUCAGCCAAUGGGAAGCUAGUUCUUACUCUACCAAUUGUCAGGCGAGUGUUCCCAUUGGCUCGUUAUUGUUUACGUGGUUUUCAGUGGAUAUGUGUUAAGAGAGGGCAGAAGAAAAGGUUAAUUCAUUGUGGUGAGUGAGGAAAUAACAGAGGGAGUGUCCAGAUGUGAAGAAUUAGGGCUAGGUAUGGUGUGGUUCUUGUUUAGAAGCUCAAGUAUUUUUGUACCUAUAAAACAUUUUAGAAGCCUCGGUUUCUCUUUUAGCAAUGCCCUCGCUUUCCUCUUUGUGUGUGCGUGUGUGUGUGUGUCUGUGUGUGGAUGGGUGUGUGUGUGUUAAUUGUACAUACAGUUGUUGCGUGCACAGGUGUGGGUGUAGGGUUGGAGGACACAUGUGGCGCAGACGUGGAGUGCAGGUGUGUUGGGGCUUCACAUGUGUUACGUUAAAUAAAUAUCAAAAUAAACCCUGAAUCAAAUGUUGCUUGUUUGUUGACGUGACGCGACGUGGUGACGAGGAAAUGAGAUGCUGACGUGCUCGCAAUCUUUACGUUAAAUUUAUUGUUAGUCGUUUGAAUUCCCUGUAUAUUUUGUAUUUAUGUGUAUGUAUAAAAAAAAAAAACAAGAAGAAAGGAUAUAUUACAUGUAAUUGUGUGCAUUGAUAAGUCCCUGUUUGAUUAUAUGCACAGUGUAUUAUUUGACUCGUAUAUCUGCUUGUAGAGUCUUUAUUACUGCAUCUAUUACAAAAUGGAUCUAGACAUAAUAAUUAAGUAAGCCAUGCAGCAUAUAUAUUCACUUUGUUGUAUGAUUUAGCUGCUGUUAUUCACCAUUAUUCAUUGCAGUGUAUGGAAUGAAGAAAAAAGUGUGAAGGGGAGAGAGAGUUCAAUUUCUCAUGAAGAUUCUGAGAUUAGUUCUUUUCUUGCUUGCGGUCGUCACGUGUUUCCAGGUAGCGUGACGCAGGUGCUGUAGUGCGCUGCUGUAAUGUAGAGACUCCCCCCCUUCCCCCCCUCCAGCCCUCCAUCCAGCCCCCCCCCUAGUUCCUACCCCUAUUUCCCUUCCUUUUUACUCGCAUCUCUAUUCCUCUUUU